AAUAACAUGAAAAUUUUAAAUAUUUUAAGUUUGUUAUUGGUGACGUUAGUGUCGUACGCUUCUGCUCAAGGAUGUCGGGGUAGUCCACCAAACCCCUCCUGUUCUGGUCCCCGACAUUCGGGUUGGCUUGGUAUACGUUGUUCAGGAGUUCGUAGUAUGUGGCACUACAAUGCUGUUGCCAGACGUUGUCAACCAUUACAUUAUUGGGGUUGUGGUGGCAAUAAUAAUCGUUGGUGCAACCGGGCUGUCUGUGAACAAAGAUGUCGACGUUAAGCGGCUGUGAUCGAGAUGAAUUCUUUUUAGCUAAUUUUGCGGAAUGUAUUUACUUGAAAAAUAUUGAUUUCAUCUAACAUUUUCUUAAUUUUUAACUAAAAAAGCUAAACUAUAUAAAUUUUUUUCAAUUUUA